CUCACACGCCAUUAUAUUCUGGCCAUAUAAAUAUGCCCCCUCCCAAGACGUAUUGUCCAUCUUCACAGGUGCAUGUAUAUGUGCAUGUGUCAUCCUCAAAUAUAUCCGUUUCUUUUUCUUAUCUUAAUCAUCUCAAGGAAUUCAGGAUUUCAAGGAGUUGGUGUUUUUUCCCACAAAGAUGAAUCAACUGGCUGUUCAAGAUCAAUGGUUUAUGUAUACCAAGAAUGUCCAAGAUGAUCAUCCAUGGAGUAUGCAUGAUGGGUCAUCAUCAUCAUCAUCAUCAUUCAUAGGAGAGAAUUCUUCAUCAUCUUCCUCCUCAUCAUCAACAAUAUCUUCCUUAGACACCACAGAUGAUGCAUCAUCUUCUUUAUCCUUUAACUUGUCAUCUCUCAUGUGCCAGUUACCCAUCAAGAGGGGACUGUCCAAGUUUUACAAUGGGAAAUCAGAAUCUUUUACAUCACUGUCAAAGGUGACCAGCGAACAAGACCUUGCAAAGAAAGAAACACCAUACAAAAGGAGAAGAAGAAUGAAGGCAGCUGCAAAGAGCUCUGGGGCUGGUUGGGAUGCCUACAAGUCCUUCACUUCACCUAAACCAACCAUCACAAAGAAAGCUUCCACCAAGAUCUCCUCAUCAUCAUCAUAUUCUUCUCAAAGCAGAAUAGAAAGAAGAAGCUUCAUUGGCAGCAGGAAAAGCAGACCCCCUCUGCUUCCUGUUACUGAGAACCCAUAAUAUGUUAAACACAAUUCUUUUUAAUUUGUUUAUAUACAUAGAGAGGGAG